AUGUCACAUUCAGCCGCGAUCAACAACGACCGCAACUCUGAGGAAGGUAAAGAACAUGCCCGCCAUAAGCUAGAGGAGCUCGAGAAAUCCGGCGAUAUCGAGAAAACACAGGAAAGUUAUGAAGAUAACAACGGCGGCAAAGAUGAAAUGCGCGUCAACGCUGGCUACAAAGCCACCAUGAAAAACCCCAAUGUGUCUGACGAAGCGAAGGAGCACGCACGGGAGCUGCUCGAAAAGAAGGGCGCUAUCUGA